AAACGGCCACAUGUUGUGUGAUUCCACUUACAUACAAUACCCAGAACAGGCAAAAGCAUGAAAUCAGAACUUAGACACUAAUCUUAGAAAGCAGAUUAGUGGUUGUCAGGGGCUGGGGAUGGGGGAACAGUGAGUGACGGUUUCAUAGGUAUGGAAUUUCUUUGGGGGGUAAUGAGAAUGUUCUGGAAUUAGAUAGUGGUAUGGUUGCAUAACAUUGUAAGUGUACUAAAUGCCACAAAAUUGUACACUAUAAAACAGAUCAAAUUUUACGUUUUAUGUAUUUUACCACUGUUAAAAAAAUUCCUUGCCCAAGAUCUCCACAGUUUCACAUCUCUCUGUAUGACAACUUAGGGUAAGUACUCAAAGAACAGUACUUAAAGCAUAAUGCUAUCCCUGCUUGUGGAUUCUUCAGAGAGCUACCUGCAAAAAACAAUCUUUCUCCCUGGCCUCUCGCCUCUGACACCCCUUGUCCUAGAUCUUAAAUUCCAAAUUAUUUUAUAGCUUGAGACCCUUGGUCAGUGGAAUACAGCGUCUUUGGCUUGAGAAGAUAUCUCGUGAGAAAUAUUAGCCAUGUUCAAAAAUUAACCAGCACUGUAAAAUUUGUCUUGAUUUCCUUUCUCCUAUACAAUUUGGAAAAUCUGGCCUACAUGUGAGGUUAGAAAAAGAUGUCUUCUCUUUCUUUGAUUACCAAGCAGCACAGAGCUCAGCUGGAACGCCGGAUCGCUGGCUCAACCAACCGGUGGCGCUUCCCCAAACAGCCUUUUUCUGGGGACCUGCUCUCACUUUCCCAGAAGUGCAAGGCUCUGAGUAUAGACUUUGAGGAAGCUCUGAGGAACCCAGACAGGUUAUGCAUUUCACAAAUUCAGAAGCUUUUCUGUGGGAAUUUGAAGAACAAGGACAUCCAAAGUGGGGAAGCAGAUGUGAUUCUCGAGUGCCUGGGCUUCAAAUGGGAACUCCAUCAGCCCCAGCUUUUCCAGUCUCAGACCUUGGCCAAGCUCUACUUGGAAGCCCUGACACAGGGCAGCACAUCCCCCCUAAAGGAGCUGGAGAAGCUUCUGCAAGCUCAAUCACCUAAGAAGACCAAAGAAAGAUCCCCUGUAAAGAAGAUGAUCAUUUCCUUGAAGAUCAAUGACCCACUGGUCACUAAAGUCCCCUUUGCCACGGCCCUGAAGAGCCUCUACAUGAGCGAGGUGGAGAUUCACUUGGACGACGUGCUGGGGGUCCUGGCUUCCGCCCACAUCCUCCAGUUCGAUGGCCUGUUUCAAAGGUGCAUGGACAUGAUGAUGGCCGGUCUCACGCCAAUCACCAUCAGGAAAUUCUACGAGGCUGGCUGCAAGUACAAGGAAGAGCAGCUCACCACGGCCUGUGAGAAGUGGCUGGAAAUGAACUUGGUUCCUCUACUGGGGACACAGGUCCACCUCCGCAGAAUCCCGCAGGACCUGCUCCACAAAGUGCUGAAGUCUCCCAGGUUGUUUACCUUUAGUGAAUUCCGUCUUCUGAAAACGAUACUUUUUUGGGUCUUCUUGCAACUAAACCACAAGAUUAUGACAAUUCCAACUCAUGAAACCAUGCUGACGUUUUUUAAGAGCUUUCCCAAGAACCGUUGCUUUCUGGACCGGGAUAUAGGACAGAGUUUGAGGCCGCUCUUCCUCAGCUUGCGUCUGCACAACAUCACCAAAGGCAAGGAUCUGGAGGAGCUGCAGGACCUUAACUUCUUCCCAGAGUCGUGGCUGAACCGGGUCACGGCCAACCAUUACCACGCACUGGAGAACGGAGGUGACAUGGCUUACUUGAAAGAUCUUAACACCCAGGCUGUGAGAUUUGGGCUGCUCUUUAACCAGGAAUAUACAACUUAUUCAAAAAUGAUUGCUGUAUAUGGAUUCUUCUUUGAGAUAAAGGGACUGAAACAUGAUGCUGCCUCUUACAGUUUUUACAUGCAGAGAAUAAAGCACACAGACCUGGAAUCCCCUUCCAUGGUCUACAAGCACAAGCCCGUCAGCCUGCGAGCAGUGCGCCUGGUGAAGUAUGAGAUCAGAGCCCGGACCCUGGUUGACGGCAAGUGGCAGGAGUUCAGGACAGACGAGGUCUUGCAGAAGUUUGAGUUGGCCAAGCCAUCCUGCAAAAGCCGUAUCUUGAAAAUCCAAACUGUGGGCAGCCCAAUCUAUGCAACUUUUGCAUUCAUCUUCCCACCAUCUUGACAGUUUCCAGAAGAAUCUAUGGGAUUUCCGCCAACACUGAUCUGCAUGAAAGAAAAUAAAAUGGCGUAAAAAGGUA